AUAAAUUUAAGGUUAUGUUUAAAUUUAAAUGUAACUUUAUGAGUUGUAUGGAGAUUAAGUAUUGAGUUGUAUCACAUAUUUCGUGAGGUGUUAGUUGAUAAAUGAAAUUAAUGCUAUAUAAAUAUAUUUUUUUGAAAAACGCUCGCUAACUAACUCCCUUUUAUUAAAUCAAAAUACGAAUUGGUGAAAACAUCUCAAAGUUUAAGAAAUAAUGUCUUUCCCUGAUAAACAUCAAAGAAAAACAUGUUGGGAUGCUAGAGACAAAUUCUGGGAAUGCUUAGAUGAACAUAACAUUAAAGAUAAUUCUGACCAUCCUAAAGCCUGUGCUGAAUUUAGGAAACUGUUUGAAAACUCUUGUCCUCCAAAAUGGGUCUCACAUUUUGAUAGGAAACGAGAUUACAAUAUAUUCAAAGUCCAAAUGCAGAAAGAGGGAUUUGAACCUAUUAAAGAUGCUGCUUAGUUGUUGCUAUUUAUAAAUUCAAAUUGUAAAUAUAGUUAUUUAGUAAAUUAUUUA